AUGGCCUCCAUGCAGAUCGUCUUCUUUGACCUGACAUCCAAGGACCCACGCGGAACCUGGACACCUAAUCCUUGGAAGACUCGUCUUGUCCUGAACUUCAAAGGUCUGGAUUAUCGGACUGAAUGGGUGGAGUAUCCUGAUGUCAAACCGACCCUCGAGGGACACGUCUCCCCGGAUGAUGAUGGCGCCUACACCAUUCCCACCGUUGCACUCCCAGAUGGAAAGUACAUAAUGGACUCGCGGAAGAUCACAGAGCAUCUGGAGGAAGCCCAUCCGCAGCCAAGCCUACGUCUCGACUCACCCUAUCUUUCCAAGGCCGAAGACCUCUGGAAACGUUACAUAACCGCUCUUCGUCCCGUCUUCAUUCCCCAGAUCCCGAAGCGUUUGCUUAACGAUGCUAGUAUCGACUAUUGGUGCACCACCAGGGAAAGGAUAUUCAAUAUGCCUGUUGACCAACUAGAGAAAGAGCUCGGAGGGGAACGGGGAUGGAAUGAGACUACCGCGGUGAUCCAGGAAGCCACGGCUUUAUUGAGCGAAAACAAAGGUCCCUUUUUUGAAGGAGAGGUUGUUGGCUAUGCAGACUUUGUGUGGGCGAGUGUCCUGCUCUUCUGUGUGCGAAUGGGACCGGACUUUCUCGAGGAGGCGCUCAAGAGGAGCGGCAAUCCUCAGGUGCACCUUGACCUUCUAGAGGCGGUGAAGCCGUGGUCGGACAAUAAUCAUCAGUGA